AUAUUUACACCUAUAAAUAAGAAACAAAAACAGACAAAAAAAAAAUCACCAACCAACCAACACACAAUGGCGUUUCCCCACAAACUCUCGACAUUCUUCUUCGCUGUCUUGGUGGCUGUCGUCGCCGCCACGACCGUGACGGCCGACUUGGUCGACACCGUGUGCGGCAAAACACCGCAACCCGCGCUAUGCACACAAACCUUAAGAGCCGAUCCUCGUUCCAAAGACGCAGACCUUAACGCCCUCGGACUCGUCGCAAUAGAUAUUGCGACGAACGAGGCGAAAUCGGGACAGGCCCUCGUCCAGUCCCUCCUCAACGGCGCCACCGACCCGAACCUCAAAGAGAUAUACUCGUCGUGUGUGGAGCAUUAUACCAACUCCGUCAAUAGUCUCGGGAAAUGCCCGGAUUUGUUGAGGUCCCGAGACUUCACCCGCCUGAACAUUCAGGCUUCGGCGGCGCUGGAUAAUCCGGGGAAUUGCGACGAAGAGUUUUCUGAAGGCUCCGCGGCUGAGCCACCGCAAGUGAAAGAUACGAGUAGUAAGUUGCAGGAGUUUUGUAAUAUUGUUUUGGUUAUUAGCAGUCUGUCGAAAGGGGCAUAA